AUGAAACUAAAACCAUUCAAUCUUCAUUCAUUUUUCUUCUCCCCAAAACCGAUUCAAACAACAUUCAUAUCUCCCCAUUCAUCACACAAAUGUUUCUCAACCAAUCACCCAAGAAAACCACCACACUUGUUCGACGACGUCGUACCCGAAACCAGCGCCGUUUAUAAUCACGCUCUCAAAUUCCAGCGUCCCCCAACUAUCAAAUGGAAACCACACCUAGAAAACACCACCACCUUCAUCGGUUCCGUCACGCGUCAACUCAAGCCCGUCAACUCAAAAACCGGUCAAUUCGGAGUUCACACUUGCCUUCGAGUUCGAAGUUCUUACAAACCUAAUUCCUCAUCUUUUUGGGUACUUCUUAUGAUGUGGAACGAUGUUGCUGAAUUUGCUUAUGAACACGUGAAACCGAAUCAUUUUAUUUGUGUAUCAGGUUGUUUGGCUCCUUGCAUUGGAGACACUCAAUUGGGUUAUAACUAUAAGCUAAUUGUGAAUGAGUUAGAGUUUGUUGCGUUGCAAAGUCUGGGCUACAAAGAGAAUGAGAAAGAAAAUAAAUUUGAAGCUUGCAACCAAUCUGAUGUGAAUCGGCUUCACCUUUGGCAAGUGUUUUUCGCCAGUCCAAAUGAAUGGUGGGAUCAAAGAAAGAACAAGUUAAAUCCAAAGUCGCCUGAUUUUAAACACAAAGAUACAGGGGAAGCUCUCUGGCUGAGUAAACAUAAUCCACCAUGGGUUACAAGACAACUUGAAUUACUUGACUCAAAGUUUGCAGGAGGAUUUGCGGGUCGUCGGUCACGUCUCACAUCUUGGGUUUACGAUGAAUAG